UGGAGGGAAAUGAUAAACAGAGUCACAGAGGUACCGAUGUCACCCCAUUCUCUACGCCAACUGGCUGUUUUACGCAUUAUUUGUAAUUGAUUUGGCGUUGGACGGUUCGAGAGGUCCAGUCCAACUGGGCAGGGCUAUAGCCCGAAGCACCUUAAAAUAAACAGGCGAUAGACGGUGCCUCCAUCCGUGACAUACGUCUGGAAGUUGGACGAGCUGCGUGCGUCAUGUGCUGCGGCUGCAGAACCGACCAAGCUCUCAUUGUAGUUCACACAAGCUGAGAGACGCGCUGCCAGGACAUUUGGGCUCAUCAGUGCGGACGAAGGUAGACUUUUCGGGGCGGGGAUGGUGAGGGACUUUCUCGGCACUACUACACCUCGACCAGUCAAACCAAGAUCAUGAGAGGGUGUAAGACGGCGGAGAAGCGGCCGUCAUACCCUUGUCUUUGACGACGCCGUCCGUGUGUCCCUUGCUCAGCUUCUAGAUGGCCGCGCAGGUGACGGACAGAAGAUGAUGGUUGCAACGAAAGAGGAUGCAACUGAAUUCGUUUGAGAAAAUUAUUUCAUCCACAGAGCACGACAACAAUGACACCGACAUUUCAAAGGAAAACGGUAUCUUUCUUUCUCCGUUCUACUCGAGAUUGUGCAUUCUGAAAUUAGACUCAUUAAUAACAAAUGCAACAAUUUUCCUGGUCUCAGGGCUUAUCAGAGCGCACUGGUAAAACAAUUGUAAGGUGGCGGGGGCCACAUUAUUGCCACAUACUGUACCAAACAUUGCGGAUGUUUCAAAAUAAAUAAAUAAUAGUAGCUUUUUCCAUUUUCAAUUUCCUUUUAAGUCUUCGGAAACGCGACUGUUUCCAAAAUGCCAACUUGAACGUCACUGACGGCCGUAGGUAUAAACUGUUAAUUAUAUUCAGAUUCAAUUUUCGACAAUCUGAUUUAUUGAGGCCUGUGUGACAUUAGAGGCGUUUAGAUUGUCAUACAUGCUGUCAUGACAGUAAAGAAAUAAAUCGUCCAGAAAGGUGGAGGAGGCUAUGGUGCGCUCUGAUACAGGCAUGAACCAUGGAGAACAUGAAACAUUCAUGUUAACUCGCUACAGUCUCCCCAUGGUUUCAUGUUGGGGGCGAAUCCCGCUAUAUACGGACAUAAGAACGGACUAAGACUGAGACACCCCACAGCACUACCCUACAGUGCAACCAGUCAGCCAACCGACCACACAUUUAAUUUCCUCACACCCACAAUUGGCCGUUGGCAGAGACGCACAGAGAAGGAGACGGUACAUGGGCGUCCUCGUCUGCUAAAACCAAGAGCUGCAUAACUGCUCGCCGGGUGCAGGUGUUCAGCGUAAGCUUACAAGACAACCCGUUGUGCAUAUGAGACGUUCUGAUCCAGAUGGGAUGUAAUGUUGUGUGGCUGCACAGCUGAGCAUUGGUCUCCUUCUCCGCUGCUUCGUGAAGAUUGGCUUUCGGUGUCCAGAGAAUGGCGCGGUUCGGAGACGAGGUACCGGCCAGGUAUGGCGGAGGGCCCGGCGGAGGGGGCCCGGGCGGCCGCGGUGGUAGCAGGCAAGGAGGACCCCAUGGACACGGUCACGGUCAUGGCCAUGGGCAUGGCCACGGCCACGGCCACGGUCCGCCCGGAGGGCCCGGGGGCCAGAGAAUGUACAAGCAGUCUAUGGCGCAGAGAGCCCGGACUAUGGCCCUCUAUAAUCCCAUUCCCGUGCGCCAGAACUGUUUCACUGUCAACCGCUCGCUGUUCAUUUUCAGUGAGGAUAACUUCGUGAGAAAAUACGCCAAAAAGAUCACCGAAUGGCCUCCAUUUGAGUGGAUGAUUCUUGCCACCAUCAUUGCCAACUGCAUCGUCCUGGCCCUGGAACAACAUUUGCCCGAUGGGGACAAGACGCCGUUGUCUGAACGCCUGGAUGACACAGAGCCGUACUUCAUAGGGAUCUUCUGUUUUGAGUCCGGAAUAAAAAUUCUGGCACUUGGUUUCGCCUUCCACAAGAACUCCUACCUGAGGAACGGAUGGAACGUCAUGGAUUUUGUAGUGGUACUCACAGGGAUCCUGUCCACUGUGGGUUCAGAUUUCGACUUGCGGACCCUCAGGGCUGUGCGAGUAUUGAGGCCCCUCAAACUGGUGUCCGGUAUUCCCAGCUUACAGGUGGUGCUCAAAUCCAUCAUGAAGGCCAUGAUUCCUCUGCUGCAAAUUGGCCUGCUGCUUUUCUUUGCCAUCCUCAUGUUCGCCAUCAUCGGCCUGGAGUUCUACAUGGGCAAAUUCCACAAAACCUGCUUUGACAAUCACACAGGUGAGAUCCGAGAAGAGUUUCCAUGCGGGACAGAGCUUCCGUCGCGGCUGUGUCCAGAGGGCACCAUGUGUAGAUCGUACUGGCUGGGACCAAACUAUGGCAUUACCCAGUUUGACAACAUCCUGUUUGCUAUUCUCACCGUCUUCCAGUGUAUCACCAUGGAGGGCUGGACUGACCUGCUCUACUAUAGCAACGAUGCCUCAGGGAGUGCAUGGAACUGGAUGUACUUCAUCCCCCUCAUCAUCAUUGGCUCUUUCUUCAUGCUCAACCUGGUGCUGGGUGUGUUGUCAGGGGAGUUUGCCAAAGAGAGAGAGCGUGUAGAGAACAGGAGUGAGUUCCUGAAGCUCAGAAGACAGCAGCAGAUUGAAAGGGAACUUAAUGGUUACCUGGAGUGGAUCUGCAAAGCUGAAGAGGUCAUCUUGGCGGAUGAUGAGAAUGAAAAUGAUUAUGAUGGAUCCCGUAGGAGAGCCACUAAGAACCAUAAGAGCAAAGCUGAGCUUCUAAACCCAGAGGAAGGAGAGGGAGAUCUGGCAGUAGGUUCACCGUUUGCCCGUGCCAGCUUGAAGAGCUCCAAGCUUGAAGGAUCGACUUUCAAGCGGCGGGAGCGACGGCUGCGCUUCUUAAUCCGACACGUUGUCAAGUCACAGGCCUUCUACUGGACUGUACUGUGCUUGGUGGGCCUCAACACGCUGUGUGUGGCUGUAGUGCACUACGACCAGCCAGAACCACUUUCAGAUUUUCUAUAUUUUGCUGAAUUCACCUUCUUGGGGAUAUUCUUGACAGAGAUGUUUGUAAAGAUGUAUGGCCUGGGCAGGCAGGCCUACCUCAACUCCUCCUUCAACUGCUUCGAUUGCAUUGUGAUAUGUGGUAGCAUAUUUGAAGUGCUGUGGUCCAUCAUCCAGCCGGGCACGUCGUUUGGCAUCAGUGUGCUACGAGCUCUCAGGUUAUUGAGGAUCUUCAAAGUCACCAAGUACUGGGCAUCUUUACGUAACCUCGUCGUCUCUCUGCUCAACUCCAUGAAGUCCAUCAUCAGCUUGCUCUUCCUGCUCUUCCUCUUCAUAGUUGUCUUUGCCCUGCUGGGCAUGCAGCUCUUCGGAGGACAGUUUAAUUUUGAAAAUGGCACUCCUCCGACCAACUUCGAUACCUUCCCUGCAGCAAUAAUGACAGUGUUCCAGAUCCUGACCGGUGAGGACUGGAACAUGGUGAUGUACGAUGGCAUCAAGUCUCAGGGCGGAGUCAACAAGGGCAUGGCCUUCUCUGUGUUCUUCAUCGUACUCACACUUUUUGGCAACUACACUCUGCUGAAUGUGUUCUUGGCUAUCGCUGUGGACAAUUUGGCCAACGCACAGGAACUGACCAAGGAUGAGCAAGAGGAAGAGGAGGCUGCCAGUCAGAAGAUCGCUCUGCAGAAAGCCAAGGAGGUGGCUGAAGUCAGCCCACUGUCUGCCGCCAAUCUCUCCAUUGCAGCCAACAAAGUACACAGUGAGUGUCACAACGCUACCGACCCCUUUCUGGACUGUAAGGAGCAGCAGAAGAACCACAAUAAGGGAAUCAAUAAGUCAGUGUGGGAGCAACGCACCAAGGAGCUGAGGAAGCAGACUCUGGCAUCCAGCCGUGAGGCCCUUUAUAACGAGCUGGACCCUGACGACCGCUGGAAGGCAAGGACAGGGAGGGAGGAGCACAACAAUGUGAACUACUCACGUCACAUCCGUCCAGACAUGAAGACCCACCUGGAUCGACCCUUGGUGGUUGACCCCCACGAGAACCGCAACAACAACACCAACAAGACCACCACCAACAAUUCAGACCUCUGCUUCAGCCAGCACCAUCCUGCUGACGAGCUCCACAGGCAAACACGCCUCCACGAACAUGGUGGGCAAGUAGGUGGGGAUGGUGGUGGAGGCUCAGGUCCGGUCAGGCCUCCCCUGGAUCGGGGGGAGUCCACAGAGAGCAAGCGGAGCCGUAAAGGUGAGCACCGCCACCACAGUUCUCACGUCCGAUUGGAUGCCACAGUGAUUCCUGGCCCAGGCUCGGAGGAGAGGCCGUCCAGGCGCCACCACCACACCCGGAGCGGCAGUCGAGGGGGAGGGCAGUCAGAACACAGGAAGCCCAGGUCACAUCGAAAGAACGCAGAAGACGGCGAGGAUGGCGGGGGAGGAGCCGGAAAAACGGGGAGACACAAGAGCAAAGGGGUGGAUGGGGGUGGAGAAGUAGGAGAACAGGAUGGAGCUGGUGAUGGCAGUGAGAGGAGGCCAAGAAGAAGUCGCCAUGGCAACCAAACGGACGGCGAGGGGAAGAGGAUGUGCCAGCACAGGAGGAAGGAUUGCAGUGUCCCUAACCUCUCUACCACACGGCCCAUCCAAAAGAGCCUCUCUAGGCAGGACAGCCAGUACAGCGAGGAUAUGGACAACCUCAUGAAUACCAAACUGGUCUCUGGCUCUACCCCACCUAGCGGGAGUCACCCUAACCCAGUCGCCAGCCGCACCGUUGCCCCUGGCUUUGGAUCUGCCCUCCAUCUUGCUAACAGUGGCACUCAUGGGAGUUUGGUCACAUUAGAUAGCUAUGGGAACAUCGGACAUCACCGUGCCAACAGCGUCAUCAGGCUGCCUCACCCUGACUACACAGCAAUAGACAUGCCAAUUUUUCCAUCCACCAAUGCCAUACUGCAGGUCAAUAAAAAUGCCAACACGGAGCCUUUGCCAGCGAAGGAGGACAAGGACGACGAUGAUGAUGAGAAGGGAGGCGAAGGUGGACCCAAGCCUAUGCCUCCCUUCAGCUCCAUGUUCAUCCUGUCCACCACCAACCCGUUUCGACGGGCAUGUCACUACAUCUGCACCCUGCGUUAUUUUGAGAUGUGUAUCCUGCUGGUUAUUGCCAUGAGCAGUAUUGCCCUGGCUGCUGAAGACCCUGUGUGGCCCGAAUCCCCUCGCAACAAUGUUCUUCGCUAUUUUGACUAUGUCUUCACAGGUGUGUUCACAUUUGAGAUGCUGAUCAAGAUGGUGGAUCUGGGGUUGGUCUUGCACCAGGGCUCUUAUUUCCGGGACUUGUGGAACAUCCUUGACUUUAUAGUGGUUAGUGGUGCUCUGGUGGCCUUCGCCUUCACGGGGAGCAGUAAAGGAAAAGACAUCAGCACUAUCAAGUCUCUGAGGGUACUGAGAGUGUUGCGACCUCUGAAGACGAUCAAACGUCUUCCCAAACUUAAGGCUGUGUUCGACUGUGUGGUGAACUCUCUGAAGAAUGUGCUCAACAUCCUGAUUGUCUACUUACUCUUCAUGUUCAUCUUUGCUGUGGUGGCCGUGCAGCUCUUUAAGGGACGCUUCUUUUACUGCACUGAUGAAUCCAAAGAGUUUGAGCGCGAUUGCAGGGGCGAAUAUCUGGUUUACGAACGUGAUAACGAAGUGAAGGCGCAGAAGCGGGAGUGGAAGAAGUACGAUUUCCACUACGACAACGUGGCUUGGGCCCUACUCACCCUCUUCACCGUGUCUACCGGAGAGGGGUGGCCGCAGGUGCUGAAGCAUUCAGUGGAUGCGACUUAUGAGAACCAGGGCCCGAGCCCGGGAUACCGGAUGGAAAUGUCCAUCUUUUACGUGGUGUACUUCGUGGUCUUCCCCUUCUUCUUCGUCAACAUCUUCGUGGCUCUCAUCAUCAUCACCUUCCAGGAGCAAGGAGACAAGAUGAUGGAGGACUACAGCUUAGAAAAGAAUGAGAGAGCCUGUAUAGACUUUGCCAUCAAUGCCAGGCCCCUGACACGCCACAUGCCCCAGAACAAGCUGAGCUUUCAAUACCGAAUGUGGGAGUUUGUGGUGUCGCCGCCAUUUGAGUAUACUAUCAUGGCAAUGAUCGCGCUCAACACGGUUGUGCUGAUGAUGAAGUAUGAUGGAGCUUCUGAUACCUAUGAAGAUGUGUUAGCCAACCUGAACAUAGUGUUUACCUCCCUCUUCUCCAUGGAGUGUGUACUCAAGAUCAUCGCCUUUGGAGCACUGAAUUAUUUCAAAGAUGCCUGGAAUAUUUUUGACUGUGUGACAGUUCUGGGCAGCAUCACUGACAUUCUGGUCACCGAGCUUGGGAAUAAUUUCAUCAACCUAAGUUUCCUGAGGCUGUUCAGGGCAGCUCGUCUCAUCAAGCUACUGAGGCAGGGAGAAACCAUCCGCAUCUUGCUUUGGACCUUCGUUCAGUCCUUCAAGGCGCUGCCUUAUGUCUGCCUCCUCAUUGCCAUGCUGUUCUUCAUCUACGCCAUCAUUGGGAUGCAGCUGUUUGGGAAUAUUGCUAUUGAAGAAGACGGAGAGAGUGCCAUCAACCAGCACAACAACUUCAGGACCUUCAUACAGGCUCUCAUGCUGCUCUUCAGGAGCGCUACAGGGGAGGCGUGGCAUGAGAUCAUGCUGUCAUGUCUGGGGGGUAAGGAGUGUGACCUCCUGUCAGGGAACACAGAGCCAGAGUGUGGCAGCCAGUUUGCCUAUCUCUACUUUGUUUCCUUCAUCUUCUUCUGUUCAUUCUUGAUGCUGAAUCUGUUUGUAGCCGUCAUCAUGGACAACUUUGAGUACCUGACUAGAGAUUCAUCCAUACUGGGACCUCACCACCUGGAUGAGUAUGUCAGGAUAUGGGCCGAGUAUGAUCCUGCUGCCUGCGGGCGCAUUCAUUAUAAGGACAUGUACAGUUUAUUACGAGUUAUCGACCCGCCUCUCGGCUUAGGCAAGAAAUGCCCCCAUAGGGUGGCCUGCAAGAGACUGCUACGUAUGGAUCUGCCUGUGGCCGACGACAACACGGUCCACUUCAACUCCACCCUCAUGGCCUUGAUCCGCACAGCGCUGGACAUCAAGAUCGCCAAGGGUACGGAAGGUGGUAUUGACAAGCACCAGAUGGACGCAGAGCUGAGGAAAGAGAUGAUGGCAAUCUGGCCCAACCUCUCCCAAAAGACUCUGGAUUUGCUGGUUACGCCGCACAAGUCAGCGACAGACCUGACAGUGGGGAAAAUCUACGCUGCCAUGAUGAUCAUGGAGUACUACCGCCAGAGCAAGAUCAAGCGCUCGCAGGCUCUUCGUGAUGAGCAGAAUCGAACGCCAUUACUGUUUCAGCGCGUGGAGCAAACUUCCCCCGCCCAGGAUGGUGGCCCGGGUCUUAACAACGCCCUCCCUCCACCUGAGACAACAGAGACUGUCAACAGCCUGCCAGUGGAGGGGGGGCUCCCGGAGAGCCAUUCAUGGGUGACGGCUCGUGCUCAGGAGAUGUCCGAGAAAGUUGGCAGCUGGAGUCCUGAGGGACACCCUGAGGAUGGCCUGGGAAGCAUGACCAACUCUCAGACGGUAGAGAUGAGAGAGAUGGGGCAGGAUGGUUACUCGGAUACUGAGCACUUUCCACCAAUGGAAGGCCAUGGCAGGGCCGCUUCCAUGCCCCGCCUCCCAGGCGACAACCAACAGCGGAGGAGAGGAAAACAACGUGGCAGUAACCUCAGUACCAUCAAUGACAGCAGUCCCAUGAAACGCUCGGCCUCGUCGCUGGGCCACAGCAGGUCCGGGCGUGGCCACAGAGACAAAGGAGCGGCAGACGACUACAACAUGGAGCGUGUUAUACCUGAGGAGGGGAGAACUUCCAGACACGGACACCGACGAAAAGACCGGAGUCACCGGGCGUCUGAAAGGUCCCUCUGUCGUUACACGGAGGCUGAUACAGGCCUGGGCACAGACCUGAGCACAACCACCCAGUCAGGCGACCUCACAUCCAAAGACAAGGAUCGUGACAGAGAUCGUGGCCGGUCCAAAGACCGUAAACACCACCACCAUCACCACCACCACCAUGGCUCUGUGGACAAAGAGCGCUACGUAGCAGAGCGAGGGGGCGAGUACGGACACAGGCACUCCCGUGACAGAGAGCACGACCGGGAGAGGGAGAGAGAAAGGGACCGGCGCUGGUCACGAUCGCCCAGCGAGGGUCGCGAGUGCAUGACACACAGACAGGGCAGUAGUUCGGUCAGCGGAAGUCCUGUCCCCUCAACUUCGGGGACCAGUACGCCACGUCGAGGCCGUCGACAGUUGCCUCAGACCCCCGCAACACCCCGGCCUCAUGUUACCUACUCCCCUGUGGUCCGUAAGGCCAUGCCCACUCCGCCUGGGGGGCCACAGGGCAGACCCCCAGCCCCAGCCCCUCGCCGCUUUUCUCCUGAGCCUCCCCAAGGUCAGGGCCCUCCCCCCGCUGGCCUCCCACUGGCCCACCAUAGCACUGCCCGCCAGGGCCAUCAUCCCCCGCCUCGUUGGGGAGACACAGGUGGAGGAGGCGGCUCCAUGGAAGGGGAUGGCUGCUUCUACAACCAGGACUACCAGGACUAUGAGCCCCAUCAUGAACCACCUGCCUAUGAGCAGAGCCCCAUACAGGGUGGCAACCCCCACCCACAUGCCCUGACCAACCACCCACUGCCGCCUCCACCACAACCACAGCCACAUAACCCCCAUCCCCACCCUCAGCCCCAGCCACACCCUGUAAACAACCCCCACCCUCAUCCCCCGCCCCACUCUCAGCCCAGUCGCACUUCACCUAGGACUGCCCACCAUGCGCCUCCUCCCACUACUGCCCUGACUGGGCCUGUGCAGGGACAGGUGCAGCCUGCUGCCCAGCGUCGCCUUCCCAAUGGCUACCGUUCCUCAUCACCUUCCACACAUCUCCACGGACCCCCACAUACUGGGCCUCACAAGGUCCCCCCUCCAGCUGGGCAUCCCAGAGGGCCCCGCAAGGGCCUGCAUGAACCCUACAGCGAGACAGAGGACGACGACUGGUGCUAGCCUCUGGGGAUGGGGGAGGGGGUUGACGGAGGAAAGAGAGCUGAUAGAUGGACCGAAAGAUGAAGAUUGGAAGCUCUCAGCCUGAGCACUGACUGCCAAGGGAAACCACAACCUUUUCUUUCUUGUCUGUUCAAUUUUACCUCUCCUCCACUGCUUGGCAUGUCCCAGGGAUGGUGGGCUGGAUGAGGGGAUAGGUGUCAGGAUGAAGGGAUGGAACAAGAAUGCUGAGGCAGGAUCUGGAGAAACAAGUUGUGUAAGAGGAGGUCACAAUCCACCUCCAUGUUCUGCUUGCGUUGUUGUUGCAUUCAUCUCUUGAUGCCAAAUGAGACCAACCUCAAACUGAAGUUUUUAAGGAUGCAAGCAGGAGGGGUGAUGGACACUAAUCUUUGUGUGUCUUAAAUUAUGCCUCUGGCAACGAGCUACAGCCACUUACAAGAUGUCAAGAGUUGCGACUCGACAAAAGACACUUUACAGUCAGAGACAAAAGAACGACCAAUUUUUUUUUUGCUUCUCAAAGCUAACUUAAGUUCAGUUAGCUGCAGAAAGAAUCAAAUCCAACCCUCCCAGCCACCAGUUGAAUAUUGAUGAGUUUUAUCAUCUGUGUUUUUAAAUAAGAACAAAACUGACAAUGAGCCCUCCACCUGUGUGAGGUGAGAAGGCUAAGUGGAUGGGAGAGUUGGGGAGUGUUGCACGGGGUUGACAAGUCCCUCAGUCAAAAUCUAGAGGACAGGAUGGGGUGUUUUGGGGAUGUUUACCCCCAUCCCUGGAGAACAACCUCCUCCCAGAAACAGUUAAACCAACCUCAACCUAUGACCUAAUGAGAGAAGAAAAACAAAAAUGUGGAGAUGGGUUUCAGAAACGAAAAACAAACCAAUAACUGUUUUCUGCAGUAUUUCUUCUAUUCCUGCAGCUGCUUCUUCUUCCUCCUUCUCUUCUACUUCUUCAAAACAUUGAAGCUUGAAUCUUCUGUUGCACCCCACACAGCUUCGUUUUUUAGACUUGCGGAGUUGUACAUCCUGUGGAAUCCUGCAUGAAUGAUACAAAAAAAUAUUAAUAAUAGCAACAAUGAGAACCUACUGUAUGUGGGGGGAAAUUUUCCUCAGUCCUUUCUGUUGUGGUCUGUAGGGUUUCUCUCUUUUUUUUGUUGAGUAAAAUGCCUUUCUGUUUCUCUCUCUCUCUCUCUCUCUCUCUCUCUCUCUCUCUCUCUCUCUCUCUCUCUCUCUCUCUCUCUCUCCUCUGUAUGACAAUGCUCUCUCUGUACCUUCAUGUACACUAGAAUCAAACGACAGAGGGAGAUUGGAUAGUUACUGUAUGUAUAUCUAGACGGAACAAAAUGAUUACUUUUUGCUUGCUUGUCUGUAUGUUCUGUGCCAAAUGCUUGCCACUGAUACAGCUGGAAUUGCACAUAUUUUGUGGAAGUAACUUUUUGUAACUAAGGUGAUAAAUCCUAAAAAUGAUAUACUGGGAAGCAGGGUAAAGUGGGGGGAAAAAAAGUGGUGUCCAUAUUGGUGAACAAGUUUGACAAAUUAGUAACAUCUCAAAGUCUUCCAGGGUUUUGGGUUAAAAUAGAGUCAUCAGAGAGAAAGAGACCAAUAGAAAGGCAGAGAAAGGAGAGAAACUCUUCAUCUUUGUUUUCUUUGUUACCGGCCGUAAUAAUGGAUGAACAGAUAAUAUAAUAACUUAUAAUGAUCAUGAUGAUCGUGAUAAUGAGGCAGAUUCUCCAUAUUUGGUCUUGUAUUCUUUUCUCUAUGUAUAUUUAAUUUCGAGCUCAGCUAAUCAUUUUUCCAACCCUGAGGUGGAGCUCCACCCCACACUUGCAUUGUGGGAGCAUUAGUUUGCAGGAGGGCAAACAUAAGUCAGUCAAUAGGCUAAAUAAUGCAGAGCAUUCAGACAGUGGAUGAACUUGAUUUUGAGCCCCCCCCCCCCUUUUUUUUUUAAUUUUUUUGAAAUUCUGUCAAACACAGCAGGUCCCUACAUGUUUCUGCAUUUCUCCUGCAGAUGCUGAAACAAGAGUCCCACCACCACUUGUGACCUUCAGGUGGCGCUGUAGGACAAACAGUGUCUGGUUUUUGUACCUCUCCCUUUUACUUCACCUCUGAUUCAGAGCUGUUACGCAGGAUCAUUGCACCAAGUACACACAGUUUAGCUCAUUCUCUCACAAGUUGUCCACCUCAUCUGUGUUCACCAUACGUAAACACAGGUGACUGAAUUGCACAGUAGCAUAGUUCAGAUGGGUUGGAAAAACGAUGUCUGGGCUUUGUCAUGUUCCUGGAAAAAGUGUUAUGUGUGUAUCACUCCUAUAGGUCUUUAUUUCGAUCUGCGUGUUCCUCUGUGUGCCCCAAACUAACACUUGUCACUAACGCGUGCCACUGUCAGCCCCAACAUCAUUAUUAUUAUUAUUAUCAUUAUUUUAUUUAUUUAUUUGACCAAUGUUUUACCUGGAGGCCUAUCACAUGUUGACCAGAGAAUGCACCGAAAAAAUAGAAAAGAAAAAAAAACUGCCUAUUAGUGUCUUUCCAACCUUAGUGGAAUGUCACAGACAAGUAUUUUUUCACAUCACUACACUUAAAAUCAGAAAGCACACUAGGUAUGUAGCUCCUGGUUGUGGUGUUUGUGUGUUUGUACAUGGGAGAGUGUGUUUCUGAUAAGUUCUGGUGUUUUGGUUUUGUGCUUGCUUUGCCUUCUGUUCCUCAUCCCCAGAAAUCCUUUUGAAAUCUUAAGAUGUUUCAUUCAAAUCAUUGUAACGAUCCCCGAUUCUGUGUGUUUGUGUGUGCAUAUAUGUAUGUGAGUGUGUGUGAGUGUGUGUGUGCGCGCGCGCAUGUGUGCGUGUGCUUGCGUGUGUGUAACGUCAGUAACCCCUGAAUGAAACAUGUAAAACCCGGAACAUUCACCAUCCAUCUUUGUGUCUAUGCUGCAGUGAAAUCCACUAACACGCUGAUUAACCACACAAAGUCUUCAAAAAGCAAUGUAAAGCCGCUACUGAGAAGAAAAAAAAAAAAACAUUUUUAAGUACAAAAGAUUAAAAAAAGGAAAAAAUAUCUAGUUCCAGAAAUGCAUGUGCUAUGUGCAUGCCACACCGUGGGUUAACAGUCAUCUUCAGGACAUAAAAGAAAAAGCAGAUAAUGAAUUCAGAGGAAUAAAAAAAAGAUAUAUAAAUAGAUAGAUGUUUUUAAAAAGCAAUGUUUCCUUUUUUCCUUCUAUUUUUGAGAACAAAAAAGGUUAAAAAAUUACAAAAAAAAAAAGUCUAAAGAAUAAAAACACAAAAGAGACUUUGGUGAGAGUCAGAGUCUCGUUUGUUUUCUUCUGUUACAUGGGUUUGAGGCACAACACAACCAUGUUCAGGACACCACAAAAAAAGAACUGUUUUUAAUGAAAAAAAAAUAUAGAUAAAGAAAAGAAAGUGCAGUUCAGAAGAUGGUGUAUUCUCCCUUCUACUUUUUGUGGGGGUCAGGGGGUGCAGGAGCAAGCCAAAUCUGAUGAUGUACUCAUUAAAACUGGCUGUGGAACCUUUGAUCUCUCACUCACUCCCUCUAUUUUCUCUCUCUCUAUCUCUGUCUCUCUCACACUCUUAUCUGUCGCACUCUCAACCUGUCUCACCGCUAUUUCUACCAGUGCAUUUUGUAAUUCCAAACAGAACUCUUCCUAAAGAAUAAAAUCCAGAGAGAAUGCA